AUGGGUGUAACAAGAAAAGUUCUUAACUGGUACGCCAGAUUAUCUCCAGCACAUGGCAAAACAAUUCCUCCUUACGAUCAUGUAGUGCAAAUCGGCGACCCAACAUUACGUAAAAUUUCAGAGCCUGUUUCUAUUGAUAAAAUAAAAACAACUGAAAUACAAAAUAUAAUAAAGAAAUUAGAGUAUGUAAUUAGUAAGUACGGCAGUCUUGGUAUGUCGGCGCCUCAAAUUGGGGUAAAUCUAAGAAUAUUUGCUAUGCGACAUACUGUGAAGCAAAUUGCUAGUGUUCCGGGAGAACUAGCUAGGCUUAGGGGUAUGGAGGAGGUACCAUUCACUGUUUACAUCAACCCUAAACUGAAGGUGGUUGACUAUACAAAGAUUAUACACAGUGAAGGAUGUGAAAGUGUACAAGGGUAUUUAGCUGAUGUGCCUCGAUACAAGGCAGUACAAGUUACAGGUUUGAAUGCAGAAGGAGUAGAAAAGUCACAAGUGUACAAAGACUGGUCAGCGCGAAUAGCCCAGCAUGAGAUGGAUCACCUGGAUGGCAAGAUAUACACUGACAUCAUGGACAGGAAGACCCUCACAUGUUCCUGUUGGGAAGAAGUCAACUUGUCUAAAGGAAAACUUGUUAUACCAUUUAGUCCAAAGUAA